AUGGUAGGUGGUGGCAACCUUGGUCACGGCUGGAGCAGCGGCGUAGGUGGCGACAGCUGGAGCAGCGGCAUAAGUGGCAACAGCUGGGGCAGCGUGGUAGGUGGCUACUGGAGCAGCAGCAUAGGUGGCAACGGCUGGGGCGUGGUAGGUGGCAGCGACCCUGGUGACGGCUGGAGCAGCAGCGACAACUGGGGCAGCCGCGUAGGUGGCGGCAACCCUGGUCACGGCUGGAGCAGCGGCAACAACUCGAGCAGCAGCGUAGGUGGCGACUGGAGCGUGGGCGACGGUGGCGACGGCUGGGGCAGCGUGAGCGACAGUGUGCACAGCUGGAGCGUAGCCGGCAUAGCCGAGACCAUAGCCGUAUCCAAGACCACCAUAGCCGUAGCCGAGACCGUAGCCGUGGCCAAAGCCGUAGCCGGUGUAGCCAGCGAAAGCGCUGGUGGCAAGAACCAGGAGGACGCAGGCACGGAUCUGGAGAGUUAUGCAUGUUUUUUUGUGAGGACUCUAGAGGCUGACGGGUGA